AUGACCUCUAGGACCCCUCUGUGGGUUACAGCCUGUUUGUAUUACUCUUACUGCAACUCAAGACACCUGCAGUGGGGUGUAAGGAAAAGGUAUUUUCCACUAUUUUCACAUCUCCAGGUACCAGAGGCACAAGAGACUGAUAGCGUUCCAGCUACCUGAGUGAGCCCAGGACUGGCAGCUGCCCAUGCAUCCCUUCCAGACCGGCUGCUCGCUAAGAUGAGGGAUCUUCUUCAGUACGUUGCCUGCUUCUUAGCCUUUUUCGCUACUGGGUUCUUGGUUGUGGCCACCUGGACAGACUGUUGGAUGGUGAAUGCUGAUGAUUCCCUGGAGGUGAGCACAAAAUGUCGAGGCCUCUGGUGGGAGUGUGUCACAAAUGCUUUUGAUGGAAUUCGCACCUGUGAUGAGUACGAUUCUAUACUUGCCGAACACCCCUUGAAGCUGGUGUUAACUCGGGCAUUGAUGAUUACUGCAGAUAUUCUAGCUGGGCUUGGAUUUAUCACCCUGCUCCUUGGUCUUGACUGUGUGAAAUUCCUCUCUGAUGAGCCGUACGUCAAAGUCCGCAUCUGCUUUGUUGCUGGAACCAUAUUACUAAUCGCAGGUGCCCCAGGAAUCAUUGGUUCUGUGUGGUAUGCUGUUGAUGUUUAUGUGGAACGUUCUUCUUUGGUUUUGCACAAUAUAUUUCUUGGCAUCCAAUAUAAAUUUGGUUGGUCCUGUUGGCUUGGAAUGGCUGGGUCUCUGGGUUGCUUUUUGUCUGGGUCUGUCCUAACAUGCUGUUUAUACCUCUUCAAAGAUGUUAGACCUGAAAGGAACUAUCCUUAUUCCAUGAGAAAGGCCUACUCUAAUGCAGCUGUAUCCAUGGCCAAAUCGUACAUGGUUCCUCGGACAGAGACUGCCAAAAUGUACGCUGUCGACACAAGGGUGUAA